GGCACUUUUGGCAGUGUUUAAUCUGUGACCGAAGGGAAGUAACGCGUUCGCGCCAUUUUUAUUUAAAAAAAAAAUUAAAUGUGAUGUUUUGAUUGUUUCAUGUUGUGCUCUGAGUGUCUGUGGUUUUGUUAUUUUUAGUUUUGUGUAUAAAAAAUUAUGUGAUUUUCGCAAAAUAAAAGAAUAAUGGAUUAUUACCAUUUAUCCUACCUAUAGGCACACUAUACUUAGGUAAAUAUAGAACCUACAGUGUCAGAGUAUUGUUUUAAUAAUAAUAAUAAUUAAGGCAAUGUCAAGUUACGGAAGCACGUCGCCUUCCGAUGAAGGCUUUGACAGAUACGAACCGCCUUUCUACUGCCCACCGUCACACCAAGGUAGCCCAAUGGACGGAGGGGUGUACUGGCCGGCCGCGAACGCGGAAGGUCACGACUUCGAUGCCCAGGAUCUCUACCACGACACUAGCAAUUACAUAGGAAGAAAUUAUGGGUACGAAGAGAUGCAGAUCUCUUGCAACGAGCCGUACGACGCCUUCCCCGGCAUGAUGCACCACACCUACACGCAGAAUAGCACAGGUCUGGACUGUGACAUGCAAACUAUACCCCGCUAUGACAGACCGCCUCCCUCUUUUGUGAGAGUCGUCAAGAGAAGGACUACUGCCAACAAGAAGGAGAGAAGAAGAACACAAAGUAUUAACACCGCUUUCACCGAUUUGCGAGAGUGUAUACCCAAUGUGCCACCUGAUACUAAGCUGUCCAAGAUGGUGCGAGCGAGAUCGCAGAGCAUCAAUAUCGCGUUCUCAAAACUCAGAGACCGUAUACCAAGCGUUCUGCCCGACACUAAGAUGACAAAGAUCAAAACCCUCCGUUUGGCAACCUCCUAUAUAUCGUACCUCCUCAAAGUUCUGGAAACAGAUGGUGAGCCAGCUGGUGGCUUCCGUGCAGAACUACACCACACACCGCCUAGACGGAGAAACGCUGAUCACUCACAGAGCAACGCGUCAGAGAAGAAAGGCAAAGGUCGAACCGGAUGGCCACAACAUGUAUGGGCGUUGGAAUUGAAGAGCGAGCAAAACCUGCAGACUUAGCUUGUAUAGAAUAAGGUGUACAAACUUUCAAGCUGUAUCACUACCCAUAUUAUAAAUGCACAAGUGUGUUUGUGUCUUGGUUUGUUCUUCAAUCAUGUCGCAACAGAGCAACGGAUUGAUCUCAUAUAGUUGAAGACCUGGAGAGUGAUAUAGGAUGGAU